AUGGACGCUGCAGCUAUCACCACGUUGAAGAAAAAGAGGACGACGUUACGACAACAGAUCACCAGAGCUGUCACCAGCCUCACAGCCUUGGUCAACGCUUCAGGUUCACGGAGAGGCGUGAAGGCGCUGGUGGUACACCUCGAUGAUCUUAUUCUCAGAACCUCCGUCUUGCAGUCAGAAAUCACAGCCGUAGAAGAAGACGAUGAUGAAGCGGAACGACAAGACGCCACGCAUCUAACUUACGCUUCCAAGGGGGAUGAAGUCAUUGCAGCGGCCCAAGUUUAUCUGUCCAGUCGCGAAGGAGAAGCCGCAUCAGUAUUAAACCCACUUGAUGACCAGCCCGAUCAGAAUUCGCCGCUGUUUCCUAUAUCACCGUCAGAAGCAGACCAGCGCGACCAAGCACAGAAGGAUGCAGCCAUGCAACGUGAGCAAGCCCAUAAGGAAAAAGUCGCAGCGGCUCAAAAGAAGUGUGAUGAAGUCAGAGCUCGGGCAAACGCUCUUUGGGAAGAAGCCGAAGCAGCACAAGAGGCUCUCCGUCAGCUGAAUCUCCGUCAACCAGAUCCGGAUCAUUUCUCGUCCGUUAGUCAACAGCUAGAGAAACGGUCUCCAGCAGCCGAGGAAUGGCGGACCAAGCAACGAAACCUGAACGUCAAACAGGAGGCUCCGGAUGAUUGGAUUGAUCUCUACAAUGCUGGCCUUCUACUUCCGGUCCAUAGCCAAUUCUCCUCUCGUUCUGCCGCCUCCGCGGAAUUGGACGUUUAUAACGGAAAAGCCGUUGAAUGGUUUGGUUGGAUCGACCUGUUUCGUGCAUUAGUGCACGAUACUCCGAAGACCCCAGGAGAAAAGCUGGCACUACUAAAACAUUACCUUAAGGGCGAAUGUCUGGAUGUAGUCUACGGGCUCGGUGGCGGAGAGACGGCCUACAAGCAGGCACUGGUGCGUCUGAAAGAGACAUUCGGACGAAGAGAUGUGAUGCGAGCCGCCCACAUCCAAGCUAUCGAACGACUUGAAUUCAAGAAUGAACCAAGAGUGUUCAAACGUUUUGCCGAAAGAGUUCGGACCCAUCUCUUCGACCUCAGCAGGAUUGGAGCCGCAUCAUCAGCCGACAUCAUCGAGAAGGUCUGCUUAAGACUCAACCAGCAAGAUCGACUCGACUGGAAUGCGGGACGACGUGGCCGUUUGGAAUUCCGCAGCCUCAACGAUUUCGGUACAUGGAUCUGUGAGCGAGCGUCCGAUUACCUCAACGCCUACAGCAUAGCCGCGGAUCAAGCCAACGAGACAGGAGGGCCAUCAUCAACGCCAAGAGGAUCCUUUCCACGUCGAGCUAAGACUCAUCAUUCGUUCGCAAGAGCUACAGAUGGAGGCGGAGCUGGCUCAACGAAGAAACCUUUUUGCUUCAAAUGCGAAAAGGGGCAUUGGCUCCAAGAUUGCGGAGACUUUAAGGCCCUUUCAGUGGGUGAACGGGUCAAUUUCUGCAUGCGUCGCCGGCUGUGUUUCGGCUGUUUCAGUUGCAGACAUUCAGCAAGAGAUUGCCAAAGCAAGCGCCAGUGCAAGCAACCGGACUGCAGAUUCUUUCAUCAUAUCCUGCUUCAUGAAACUGAGAAGCCGUCGACGACGGACGCCCGUCCUUCAACCGCUCGUGUUAUUGGUCGACAGAGAGUGGCCCUGGGAAUGAUGAGGCUGCACGUGCAAUCCGCAGAUGGUAACUGGAUACUCGCCAAUAUUUUCGCCGACGAAGGCAGUGAUACCACCCUGAUGAGGACGUCAUUUGCGUCAAAUUUAAAGCUGCAAGGGCCGUCGCAGGUGUUGACGGUGGAUGGUGCCGGCGGAGUCAUCAACCGAUACCAGUCCAAACGAGUCCAGUUCCAGUUGCGCGCUGAAUCAGGCGAAAUCUUUACGAUGGAAGGUUCAACAAUGAAGAUGGUCGCCAGCCCCACUCCUAUCACGGAUUGGAAUAAAGAAAAGCAGAAUUGGCCGCACCUCCGCGACCUCCCGGUCGGAGUAGUGGGAGGAAAGGUGGAUCUUCUUGUAGGUACAGACUACCUGCAUCUUUUGGUACCUCGCGAGACCAGAGAAGGGCGAGAUUAUGAACCAAUCGCCUGCAAAACAAGACUUGGUUGGAUCGUGCGAGGAGUUACCAACCGAGGCCAUCAAGUUACAUCCAUUCGUAGCUGCACGAUUGCUGGCCAGACCCCCCUGGAUAAUUUGACAGCGGAAGUUCGUCGUUUCUGCGACACCGAGGCCUUUGGGACCGAAUUCACCGCCGGAUGUGUAUCAGCCGACGACCGCCGAGCUCUAGCGAUGGCAGAGGAGAAGACCCGGAGGUUACCCGUCGGAUAUGAGGUGCCAAUUAUCUGGAAGGAGGGGGAGCCGGACCUCGUGAAUAAUCGACCCAUGGCCGCCAAUCGCUUCCAAAGCCUUCUCAGGAGGUUCCAGCGCGAGCCGAAUUUGGAACGAGACUACGAAAUGACGAUGCAGAAAACUCUGGAUCAAGGAUAUGCAUCACGGGUUCAAGAUCCAGCGGAUGAAAAGUACUUCCUGGCCCACCACGGUGUCUACAAGGGCGUGAAAUUACGAAUAGUUUUCGACGCCGCCGCCUCUUUUAAGGGGAAAUCAUUGAACGACGCAAUGCUAAGUGGCCCUGCUCUUCAACCUGCGCUGGCCGCCGUCGUCACUUGCUUCCGUCGGCAUGAAAUCGCUUGGGCGUCUGACAUCGAGUCCAUGUUUAGCCGUUUCCGGCUUUCAGCAGAAGAUUCGAAGUACUUUUGUUUCCUGUGGCGAGAUGCAGCAACGUCGGAGCCAGCGGUUUACAAGAUGGAGCGACUGCCUUUUGGUGCCAGCUGCUCCCCUUUCGUCGCCAUCCGCGCAGUACGUCAAAUCAUGGAGGAUGCCGGAGACGAAAAGAUGGCUGCCGUCGUACGUGAACGGAUGUAUGUAGACGAUUAUUUAAGUUCAGCAACAACCGUGACAGCCGCCGUGCAAGAGGCCUCCGCUAUGAAGACGAGAUUGGCCGAAGCGGACCUGAAUCUGCAGAGCUGGGUCUCCAAUUCCGAAGAAUUUAUGCGAGCCAUGGCAUGCGGGGAGAAAGCUGAACAGAAGACACAUCCGUUAGGCGACAGCGGCGAAGAGAAGGUGCUGGGAGUAUUUUGGGAUACACACACUGAUACGUUAGGCUUCAAGGUUGCCGAGAAGUCUUACACGGAGUUAACCCGGAUGGAGCUGGUUAGCCGAGUUGCUGGAGUGUUCGAUCCGUUGGGCACCGCCUCUCCAAUCAUCGUUAAGGCUAAGAUUCGCCUCCGAGAAUUAGGCCAAAAGGGCCUAAAGUGGACGGACGUCGUCGAAGGAGAGGACCGAAGAUGGUGGGACCAGUGGUUCGAGACCGUCCUCCAGCUGAACGACGUCAAGAUGCCGCGCUGUCUCUUCCCAGAUUCCGCCAACAUCGUCUCAUCUGAAUUACACACUUUCUGUGACGCUUCCGAAGAGGCUUAUGCCGCAGUGGUCUACGUCCGAAGCGUCUAUGGUGACGGAAGCGUUGUCGUCCGGCAAGUAAAGGCGACAAACAAGUUGGCGCCAAAGAAGACCAUCUCCGUUCCAAGGCUGGAAUUGAACGCCGCUCUGCUAGGAGCACGAGUAGCCCGAGCAGUUCAAGAAGCUCUUCCAGCUCAUGUGAAACGACGACGGUUCUGGACCGACAGUAGCACGGUCCGAAAUUGGAUACGAGCCACCGCAGCCGAUUAUCAAACAUUCGUCAGCAACCGCGUCGGAGAAAUCCAAACCAUCACAGAAGAAGAAGAAUGGAGGUUCGUGCCAGGGCUGUUGAAUCCGGCGGAUGCGGCCACUCGUUCCACCCUAGACGGCGUCAAUUUUCCUGCCGUGUGGCUGACAGGGCCGGAAUUUCUUAUGCUGACCGAAAAGGACUGGCCGACUGAUCUUCCGUGGCUUGUGGUGAAAGAUGAGUCGAGGACUAGCCGCACCUUGCUUGCUUCCGUGCCGGAAUCGCCGGUCGUUUGGACCGACGUGAAGAUAGCCCCGGACGACAUCGCUGCGCUCAGUAAAAUGGACGGCCGAUAUUUGGAGUUGGUGAAGAGCUGCCAAACCGAAACAUUCGAAGAGGAGAUCCGCCGCAUCCGGAGGGGCAAGAAUUUGCCGUCUUCAUCGAACAUUCUGGCCCUAGCACCAAUUUUAGAUUCCGGCGGAAUUCUUCGACUCGGUGGUCGAGCUGGGCGGGCGCAAUUGCCCUACGACCAGUUGCAUCCGCCGUUGUUAUCCGGAAAGCAUCCUUUUGCCGCGACGGUGGUCCGUGCGUUCCAUGAACAUUUGAAGCACGUUGGAACAGAUUUCUUGUUGGCGUACGUCCGUCAACAUUAUUGGAUCACCAACGGCCGUGAGCUGGUGAAAAGAAUACGCCGUGACUGUGUCAUCUGCCGACGGAAUAGGGCCAAACCAGGAGAGCAGCUGAUGGGAAAUCUGCCGAAAGCUCGACUGGAUGCUGGAGCGUUGCCGUUCACUCGGACAGCAAUCGAUCUGUUCGGGCCUAUAGAAGUCGGUCUCUACCGUAACCGCACGGCCAAGCGAUGGGGAGUACUCUUCACAUGUUUAGUGACGCGAGCUGUUUUUCUUGAGUUGGUGCCUUCUCUAUCCAGCACGGAUUUUCUGCUAUCGUUGAGGAAGUUCAUCGCUUUGUACCGCCAGCCGGCGGUUAUUCAUUCGGAUAACGGGACGAAUUUCGUUGGUGCGGAACGUGAGCUACGUGAAGCCGUCGAGGCCCUACACGCCUCCGGAGAGGUUCCCGUUUUCAUGGAGAAGGCAGGGAUUGAUUGGAAUUUCCAGCCUCCACGUACACCCCACUUUGGCGGCGCUCAUGAGUCGUUGGUCAAAUCGACUAAACGCGCCCUUUACAACGCACUGGAGAUAGAAGGAAAGAGUCUGCGUCACCCAACGGAAGACGUCUUGAGGACUCUUUUAUAUGAAGUCGCUGGUUUAUUGAACACCAGGCCGCUCACAUAUGUGAGCUCCGAUCCCGAGGACUUCCGGCCGCUCACACCGAACGACUUCCUUAACAGAUCGCCGACCGCCUUCCCGCCAGCUGGAUGUUUCGAUGAUGCAAGCCCUCGUGAACAUUAUCGCUAUCUACAACGGCUGCUCAACUUAUUCUGGGAUAUCUGGAGGUCAGGGUAUCUGCAAUCUCUGGCCGCCCGCAAGAAAUGGAAGGUGCAGCGGCCAAACUUCACGGUGGGAGAUAUCGUUCUCGAAAUAAAUAAGACACUCGGCCGCGGACAGUGGAACAUCGGACACAUAGUUCAAGUUUAUCCUGGGUCAGACGGCUGUGUCCGAGCAGUCGACGUCCAACUACCAACUGGAAUCUUCCGGCGAGGAAUUACCGAAUUAUGUCUUCUGGAAUCCAGCUCGGCCGGCGAGCCGGCCUCGGGGGAGGAUGGAUCGGCGAAAGCGCACCCCGUCUGA